CGGUGCCGCUCGAGAACGAUCAGGUGCAGCCCGCACGCGACGGCGCCCGUCCCAAGGUGACUCCACAAACGCUCCGCCUUCGCAAGGUGGGGUGCACCAGGCGAGUGCGUUUCGUGCUGCGUCCGCAGGAGAGCUGCCCAUGUGCAUUGGGUUGGCGCCUGACCGGGGCAGCCGCGUCACGUUUGUAGUGGCACCCACGUCGCCCAUCACGGCCGCCAGCAGACAUGAAGUGCUUCGGCACCAAGAACAGCACGUACCACUGCAAGAUCAUCCUGCUGGAUGAACAGGAGCUGAUUCAGGAGAUACAGGAUACCACGCUGGGCCAAGAGUUGCUGGACAACGUGUUUCGCCACCUGAACCUGCUGGAAACUGCCUACUUCGGCCUUCGCUUUCUGCACUCGUCAAACCAGCCGUACUGGCUGGACCCACAAAAGAAAAUUGUUCAACAGCUGAAAGGGACGGAUCCAUUCACAUUAUACUUUUGCGUCAAGUUUUACGCAGCGGAUCCAUGCCGACUCCUGGAGGAGAUCACCAGGUACCAGUUCUUCCUGCAAAUAAAGCAAGAUAUCCUGGAGGGCCGGCUGCCGGUAACCCCGGAGCUGUCUGCAGAGCUUGGGGCUCUCGUCAUUCAGUCGGAGCUGGGCGAUUAUGACCCGAAGCGUCACGUGGACGGCUACGUCGGCGAGUUCCGGCUGCUGCCGACUCUCACGCCCUCGCUGGAGGAGAACAUCGAGCAGAUCCACAAGUCCCUCGUGGGUCGCGUGCCAUCAGUGGUGGAGUUCAACUACCUGGAGAAGGUCCGGUGGUUGGAAAUGUACGGUGUGGACCUUCACCCCGUGUUGGGUGAGGACCACACGGAGUACUUCAUCGGCCUCACUCCAGCCGGAGUUAUCGUUCUCAGAGGGAAGGUCAAGGUCAGCAACUACUUUUGGCCUCGCAUCUCCAAAGUGCACUUCAAGGGCAAAUACUUCAUGCUGCGUGUACGAGAUAAAAAUAACGAAGAGAACACGUACGGGUUCGAGACGCCAUCCAAAGACGCUUGCAAGCACCUGUGGAAGUGCUGCGUGGAGCACCACAGCUUCUUCCGGCUGGUGCAGGUGAACCAGCCGUCCGGCGGCCGGCCGCUCUCCAUCAGCUCCAGGUUCCGCUACAGCGGCCGAACGGAGAAAGAGGCGCAGCGGGAGGCCAGCCUGCAUCGGAGACCGCCACCCAGCUUCAGUCGCUCGUCCAGCCGGCGCUCCAGCGCCUCCAGUCGCGCCGGCGACUCUGCCCACCACGGCCCCCGCUCCGCCCGCACCGGGUCCCGCCGCGCGGGCGAGAAUAGUGUCCUCGUGUGA